GAUUAAUAUCGAAACUGAAUAUCAGCUCGCCUGCCAUUAUUUAGUGUUAAAGAAGCGGGUUGGAUAAAAACCCCACAUAUUAGACUACUUUUGGGAGAAUAAGAUUUAAUGCUAACGUCAGUUACCGCGAAGUGACCAGCUAACGUUAACCCGGGAGCAGAUGCACUUUUAGCUGGCGUUAGUGACCAAAACCAUGUAGUUUGCUCCUUCGUCCAGACGGGGCUGCUGCAUUCACGCGUUGGAACUGUGCCUGAGUGCUGCUUUCUUUGUUCAGCUGAGCUGACACUUGACGUUAAGUUUUCUCUCCAACUCUUUUUUUUAUUUCACCAGAACAUACAAGCCUUGUUAGCGAAGUAGCGGUUAGCAUGUUGCGCUAGCUGGCCGGCUAACCCGCUCAACGGACGGUUAAGGGAAGGAGUCGCGCGAGGGAAGCGGUUUAAAUGCGCUGCUUUUUGUCCCGAUACCCGGAACACGGAGAAAGUAACACAGCCGCGAUUGAUUUCCCCGGCGUGAGGCCGCGUCGGUUCGGGACAUGGACGACUCGGACACCGCGGCCAUCCUCCCUGCCGAUGCGCUCGACGCGACGUCCGCCGGCGAGAAAGCCAUCGGAGAGGCCGAGGUGACGUCACCGGAGGAGGCCCGCCCCGCACGGCCGCCGUGGAGGUGCCGGCCGCCGGUGUCGGUGGAGCCGGUUCUGUUCCUGUCCAUGUUCUCCCUGGCCCUGCAGGCGCCUCUCUCCACGCAGUACCUGUGGGACCGCGUCAGCGAGGACCUGGGCUACAACGGCUCCAAGAGGUCGGAGUGCGGCAACGGCUCCGGGCCCGCCGACCCGCUUCAAACGGAGGUGGAAACCUUGACAGCCCACUGGAACCUGUACAUAAGUCUGGCUGGCUUCUCUGUAGGCCUGCUGGUGGUGCCUCUCCUGGGUUCAUGGAGUGACCUCGUAGGUCGCAGACCCGUCCUCAUCAUCCCCAACCUCGGCCUGGCCAUCCAAGCAGUGGUGUACCUGGUGGUGAUGUACCUGAAGCUGCCUGUGGCCUACUUUCUAGUGGGCAGGCUGCUCAGUGGCCUUUCGGGGGAUUUCAACGCCAUCCUUGGGGGCUGUUUUGCAUAUGUGGCUGACACCAGCGACACAAGGUCCCGCACAUUCAGGGUGGCCAUCUUGGAAGCUUGUCUGGGCCUUUCCGGGAUGCUAGCGAGCAUCAUCGGAGGACAGUGGCGGCGGGCACAAGGGUACAUCAAUCCAUUCUGGCUGGUCCUGGCAACUAACUUGGCUUCGGCUCUGUACGCAUACCUGUUUGUCCGUGAGUCCGUCGUGCCGGACCCCAGUGCCAGGCUCCUCACCUCUCGCCACUACAAGGCUGUCUGGCAUCUCUUCUCAACGGGAGGCAGCGCCGCUGAGGCGGGUGGAAAGUUUCACCGGUGCAAGCUGUGGCUUUACACGCUGUGUUUCUUUGUGGUGGUGAGCGUACACAUGGGCUGCAGGGAGUUGUACGUGUUGUACGAGCUGAGCUCUCCCCUGUGCUGGGGGCCGGCGCUCAUCGGCUAUGGGUCAGCUGCCCAGCACCUGGCCUACCUUACCAGUCUGCUGGGCCUGAAGGUCAUGCAGCGCUGCCUGGAGGACUCCUGGGUGGCUGUCGUGGGCCUGGCCUCCAAUGUCAUCGGCCUGGUGGUCUUCUCUGUAGCCGACACCACCCAGCUCAUGUUCACAGGUUAUGGCCUGUGUUUCCUCUUCGUGGCUGCAACGCCUGUGCUCAGGUCAAAGCUGUCUAAGUUGGUGGGACCGUCAGAACAAGGUGUCCUGUUUGCCUGUGUUGCCUGUGUGGAGAGCUUAUGUUUUCUGGUUGGUAGCGGCCUCUUCAAUUCCCUCUACCCGGCCACACUGCACUUCAUGAAGGGCUUCCCUUUCCUUCUUGCUGCGAUCAUCCUCUUCAUCCCUGCUGGAAUUAUUGGUACUCUGCAAUGUUUGGACCAGAGGAGAGACCACAGAGACUCCACAGCAUCCUGACCUGAAGAGAGGAACCUGUCAGACCGUGAAGGGUCUGACACAGAGACAUCAAAUCUUCUGAUGUUUCAUCAAGACAUUCGUAUGCACGGACUAUUGAAUAAUGUCCCAUAUAUGCUUUCUUUUUGUGAUUUGAUACAUUUCUUAACAGCGUGAUACUGCCAAAGGAUGUUGCCUUACAUUUGCAAUUUGAAUGUAUGAUUUGCUAAAGCUAGAUAGAUAAAUCGAGUGAUGGUUUAUUUUACUUAGAUAGUUUAUUUGUUUGUUUGACAAGAUCAAAUCCUUCUCCAACUGCUACACCCUUAUCCUACCUAGCCAACUCUGUGGAGUAGUGCAAUGCACUACAAGAGAGGAAGGGAGAAACUGUAGCGGCAGCCGGGGAAUAAUUAUUUACACCUUGACCCUCCACCACAAACAACACUGGAUAGUCCCAGAGCUCAGGCCCACAGGCAACGUGCACACCGGGGUCACAUCCUCCGUCCCCGAUGAGGGAAGAAGAGCUGCAGAAUCGGCUUUAAAAUGCACAAAGGGAAUUUUAGAGGUUAAAUGAGGUAUUAACUCAGCUACUGUGAAUUUAUCAGCAUGACGAUUACUCAUUCUUCAGAUGAAUUGUGUGACAAAGUACCUCACAAAGUCUUUUGUUUGAAUGUAAUCAGUUGUGCAGUGUAAUCAUUUCAUUUAUGAUUAUAGAAUUGGUUUAAUUUGUCUAAUUGUACAUGUCACACAUUAAAUGAGGUUCAUAUAAA